AGCUUGCUUGCCGCUCUUGCAUCGACGAGAGUUCGAGGGAGACCAGCAGGUGCGGAAGGAUUCGACCCGGAGCCGGAGUUCAGACGUCCAGUUCACAACUUCAAAUGGCUGCUGAAUCAGAGAACAGCAACUGCAACGCUUGGGCAGCGAGAGAUCCUUCUGGAGUUCUGUCACCUUACAGCUUUAACCGCAGAGCAGUGCAAAGCAACGAUGUUGCGCUGAAGAUUAUAUACUGUGGAGUCUGUUAUGCUGACGUUGCUUGGACAAGGAACGUGCUCAAUGAUUCAAAAUAUCCUUUGGUUCCUGGGCACGAGAUAGCUGGAGUUGUAACUCAGGUUGGUGCAGAUGUCAAAGGAUUUAAAGUGGGUGACCAUGUAGGUGUUGGAACAUAUGUGAACUCAUGCCGAGAUUGUGAGAACUGCAAUAGCUCUCUAGAGAACCACUGCCCAAAAGCAGUUUAUACUUUCAAUGGCAUUGAUACAGAUGGAACUGUCACAAUGGGAGGUUAUUCCACGCACAUUGUAGUCCAUGCAAGGUAUUGCUUCCAAAUACCUGAUGGCUACCCUUUGGCAAAGGCAGCACCUCUUCUGUGUGCUGGGAUAACUGUGUAUACUCCAAUGAUGCGACACAAUAUGAACCAACCUGGAAAGUCACUUGGGGUCAUUGGACUCGGUGGUCUGGGUCACAUGGCUGUGAAAUUUGGUAAAGCAUUUGGUCUGAAGGUCACAGUUUUCAGUACAAGUGAAUCCAAGAGAGAUGAAGCCAUCAACCUCCUUGGAGCAGAUAAUUUUGUUAUAUCAUCGGACACACAGCAGAUGGAGUCCCUGAAGAACUCCCUGCACUUCAUAGUUGACACCGCUUCUGGUGACCAUCCGUUUGAUCCAUUUCUCUCUCUCCUUAAGGCUGGUGGUGUGAUGACAGUAGUGGGCUCUCCCAGUGAGAUCAAAAUGCAGCCUGCAAGCCUUAUUCUUGGUGCGCGGACCUUGUCAGGCAGUCUUGUUGGAGGUACAAAAGACAUCCAAGAAAUGGUUAACUUUUGUGCAGCGAACAAAAUCUAUCCAAAGAUUGAGGUCAUUAGGAUAGAUUAUAUCAAUGAGGCUUUGGCAAGGCUUGUUAAUCGAGAUGUGAAAUACCGCUUUGUAAUUGACAUCGAGAACUCUUUCAAGUAGCGUGCUGGUUCACA